UAAUGCAAUUAGGUCUAAACCAAAAUGGCGGACGAUGAGAGUAUGUAUUGACAAAUGAGAUGGGCCAAGAACAGAGCAUUCCUCCUUCGGGACCACAAAGAAGUACACAAAAUAUCCCUUACACCAAUUACUCCGUUGAGAAAUCCAAUCCGAAGGACAAAACAAGCAGAGAAAGGUCAGGAUUAAAGGAGAUUUAUGUAGUGAGUGCAGGACAACCACAGACUGGACUGUCUGUUAAAGACGAAGACGAAGACCUUCAAAAACUCCAGUCUCUUCAGUAUUGUAAGCCAGUUCUUCACGUACCGGUUCAAGCAGAGACUCCCAAGGAAUUCGAAAGCCUUGAGCGUUUUGAUCUUGUUCCUAUGUUGAAGUUGUGUACGAGAUAUGAAGACCACCUCAGGCAGUGUGCAGAAGCUGUUACUUUUGACCAAGAUAUGUUGUCUUCACGAAUAAAAGAAGUAGACGUGAACUGUGCUUCUGUUAUGAGCGCUGUAAGCGAUAGAUAUCGAAGACUUGUACACGUGGCAGCACAUCUCAGGAAGGUGAAUGAACUAAGCUUGACUUUGAAGCGAAUUGAUGCGAAUAUAAAGAGAAUAGUCCCAACAAUGGACCGACUUAAUAAUCUGCUACCAGAGGAAGAUCGAUUGGAAGCUUUUACGUUUCAGCCAGCGUUUGAUAUACAAACUGUAUCAGCAUUACAUGAAAAGCUGUAAUUAACAAAUACAUACACUGAUCAAGCAAUAUUUCUGGGGAGAGUGGUCAAACCCCCUUUCUAAUCAACUCUUUAGGGGAAACUUUGGGUAAGACAUUGAUUACAUUAUCAAUCAUAAUCAACAAACAGCAACUCUAAUAAUCAGAAUAAUUUUGACUUUGAUUGGUGGCUAGGAAGAGUAAUUUUCCUCAGAUCGAGAAACAGUUGUUAUUAGUAGGAGUGCAAACAAUACAGUACAAACACUAUAAAUGUGUAACAUAAGUACCACUAAAUACUGCUAAAUUAUGCUAAUCCUAGAAUGAAGGCAUUUAACCCAUAAAAUAAAAAUUAUUAGUCAAUGU